AUGGGUAAUUCAAGCUCUAAAUCUAAAUCAAUAUCCACGUCUUCCAACGAUGGUAGUGUUAUAACAUCAACGAACAAUAAGUCUAAGAACAACUCUAAUAUUUCUUCAAAAGUGAAUAUUCCAAAACCCACUGCAAUUAGUUCCACUCCUGAGAAAAGUUCAUCUCUGUCUAAUUCUAACAAACCCAUAACAAAUAACCAAAACUUGGAUCAAAAUAAAAAAAAUCUCAAACUUAAAGAUAAAAGCUUUGAAAGUAAUGAAAAACCACCAAUACUAGGCCAUUAUAAAUCAUAUUCUAAUUCGAAUGACUAUUCAAAUAAAACUUCUCAGAAAAGUAUUCACAACGUCAAUCCAAGCAAUAAUAUUCGUCGACUCCACCGUAAAUCUCAUUCAACACAUGAAGUGCUUCCCACUAUCGUUAGUCACAACACUAAUAACAUUCCUGAUAUUAAAGUUUCCGAUUCAUCUGAUCCUGCACAAGAUAAUAUGAAUAGCAGUAAUAAUACCAAUAAAAGUAAAAUAUUACCAAAAAAUAGAAGUGAUCUUAUGAAUAGACGUUCAAGUUUUAAUACGACAGUAGAUUUACCGCCAUCAAUGGUUCAAAUAGAACCUAGAUCUUCAAUUUUGAAAAACAAUCAACAUUCUUUAUCCUCCCAUUCUCUACAUUCUUCUGAAAAUAUAGUAAGUCAAACAGCUACUCUAAAUAAUAUGCCACCUGACGCAUCUCUUUAUCACUCCCAUAAUCACCGUCAUCGUGACAAACAUAAUUCUAAGGGGUCAAAUCCAAACCAGAGAAAAUAUGGUUUAUCAUAUAAUCAAACUCAAGCCCUUUCACCUUCCAAAUCAGGUUCACCUAAUUAUACAGUAAGUGAUAAUAAUACUAUUAAUGCUAUCGAAAGAUCGAAUAAUUCUAAUCACAAUAAACUGGAUCCAUAUAUGUCAUCACAUCUAAGUAAAAUAACCUCAUAUGGAUCUAAUACAACCACGGCCUAUAGUACACCGUUAAAUUCUCCUGGUUUGAAAAGAAUAUUUGAACAUUAUAAGAAAAGUGAAUUGGAAACUGGGGAUUAUUUUGGUAAUAUUAAUAACUAUAAAAAUACUGAUAACAACAAUUCAAGAGAAUAUGUAUCAUCUGGUGGAACUCCAACCAUGGCUAAUCAUGAUCAUUCUCCACUACAUCAACAGCAAUAUUUUAUAUCAGAUAAUCACGACUACGCUGAAAGUACUUUCAAAGAUGUUUAUCCACAUACAAAUAGUACUAACAAUAUUAAUAGCGACACUUUAAAUGAUCCUCAUACACAAAAUGAUAUCUCUAAUACAUACAAUAAUCGUAAUAUCAGUAAUGGUAAUUUAAAUAUCACAAAAAAGAAAAAAAUUAUCAAGCCUCUUGAUAUUGAUGCUACAAUUCAAAAAUUAUUGGAUGCAGGUUAUGCAGCAAAAAAGACUAAAAACGUUUGUUUAAAAAACUCUGAAAUUACUCAAAUUUGUAACCUUUCCAGAGAUAUUUUUCUAUCUCAACCAUCAUUGUUGGAACUUUCACCACCAGUCAAAAUUGUUGGCGACGUUCAUGGCCAAUUUAGUGAUCUAUUAAGGCUAUUUACAAAAUGUGGGUUUCCACCAUCCUCAAACUAUUUAUUCCUUGGUGAUUAUGUUGAUCGUGGUAAACAAUCGUUAGAGACGAUUUUAUUACUAUUAUGUUAUAAGAUUAAGUAUCCAGAGAAUUUUUUCUUAUUAAGAGGUAACCAUGAAUGUGCUAAUGUGACAAGAGUUUAUGGGUUUUAUGAUGAAUGUAAGCGUCGUUGUAGUAUAAAAAUUUGGAAAAUUUUCAUUGACACAUUCAAUACUUUACCCUUAGCAGCUAUUGUGGCUGGCAAAAUAUUCUGUGUUCACGGUGGUUUAUCACCAGUAUUAAACUCAAUGGAUGAAAUUAGGCAUGUUAGUAGACCCACCGAUGUCCCAGAUUUUGGAUUAAUUAAUGAUUUACUAUGGUCUGAUCCAACUGAUUCUCCAAAUGAAUGGGAAGAUAAUGAACGUGGUGUCAGUUAUUGUUAUAAUAAAGUAGCAAUCAAUAAAUUUUUAAAUAAAUUUGGAUUUGAUUUAGUUUGUAGAGCGCAUAUGGUUGUUGAAGAUGGUUAUGAAUUUUUUAAUGAUAGAAGUCUUGUCACCGUAUUCUCUGCUCCUAAUUAUUGUGGUGAAUUUGAUAACUGGGGAGCAGUGAUGACUGUUAGUGAGAGUUUAUUAUGUUCAUUUGAGUUAUUAGAUCCAUUAGAUAAAGCUGCCUUGAAACUAGUUAUGAAGAAAGGAAGGCAAGAACGAAAAUUAGCUAGUGCGCAACAAAAUCAAUUACAUUCUACGGAAAACUCUUAG